AUGUGUAGAAAAAUGAAAUAUUUUAUUUUAAUUAAAACUUUUAUGUUUAUCCUUUUUUUUUGGGAAAGUUCUUAUUUCAUUAAUGUGUCUGCUUUUGAUAAACCUUUAGAUAAUAUAAACAAUGAAAACGGAACCUUAGGUUUAGGAACUGAUAUUUUGUUGUCAGAUAGUAAGAAGGAAGUAAAAAACAUAGAAUUAAAUUGUACGUUAUUUGGGAAUGGAUAUUAUGAUUUAGAAAAUGAUAACAACAGGGAUGAAUCAACAUAUGAUGGAACAUAUGAAUGUAAGAAAAAAAAUAAUCUAAAGACAGAAGCAAAAAAGUUAAACAAGAAAUAUAUAUCUGUUGUAUGUCAACCAUUUGUAACGAUAGAUAAUUUAUUUGAAAAAAUAUUAUAUAAGAGAUUUCGUCAUAUAUAUAAUUACAGAAAAUGUACAGAUCCUAUGCAGAAAAAAAGUUUAAAACGUUCAGCUUUUACAUGUUGCACUUUGUUAUUUGCUUUACCGGGUAUAUUUACUUUUAUAGGAGUUUCAUUACUUUUUGUUUUACACUCUAGAUUAGUAUAUACAUUAUUAAUACAAAUACCCGGAGAUUUUUAUGAGGUUCAAUUUCAAACAUUUUCACAAUUAGUGGAAAAAUAUUGA